GGAACCUAUGCAACUGUCUAUAAGGGCCGUAGUUUGCUGACAGAAGCACUAGUGGCGCUAAAGGAAAUCCGGUUGGAGCAUGAGGAGGGUGCUCCAUGCACUGCCAUCCGAGAGGUCAGCUUGCUUCGCGAUCUCCGUCAUGCAAAUAUCGUCACACUACAUGACAUCAUCCACACUGAAAAGUCCUUGACGCUAGUCUUCGAGUACCUGGUAAGCCGGAGCCUCGAAACUUACUCAUGCUAUUUGCCUCCAUUGGUACUCGUAUUUGUUUAA